CAGCAGCAGCAGAGCAGACGAAACUACUCCGCCCUCACAUGGUCCUCUUUCAUAACCCCUUCAUGUUUUCCUUGUUCCUGAGCUACACUAAGGCCACAUGUUGACGUCCAAGUGGUCAAAGAUAGCUGUUGGAUGGUGAGGGGGCAACAGUCAUUGUGGUCGGUGUUGGUGGCUUCGUGUUCACCAAGCAAACCAUUGAGCAGCAGCGGCGAGAGUCCAUGAAAGUCAGAGAGCGCAUGAGGAACGCUAACACUGGUGACUACGAGACAAAGCGCUCCUUCACUGGAUAGACACCACCCAUCCACCCACACACCUGCUCACCACCCCAGUCAUCCGGUCACCAAUCCACGUGUUUAUAACUUGCUUGCAGGAUCUGCAGGACCAGUGAGGCACCAUGGCAGGCCUUCCCGCCCUCAACGAUGAACAGAUGAAGCUGGUGCAGGACCUGGAGAUAGAGAUGUUGUCUGACAUGUACACCAGGAUGACCAACUCCUGCCACACCAAAUGCAUCCCUACCAAGUACAAGGACGCUGAAAUUGGGAAGGGAGAGGCGGUAUGCAUAGAUCGGUGCGUGGCCAAGUACUGGGAGAUCCAUGAACGUGUCGGUAAGAAGCUGCAGAAGAUGUCCUCGCAGGAUGAAGAGUCCUUGAAAAAGAUGAUGGCAGAGCAGGGGGAGGUGAAGUAAGGUGUGACGCUAUGCUGUGCUGUUAGUGUUUGUAUAUGAGGUAGAUCAAAGGGUGUACAGGGAAUUGUUGGCAGUUGACUCUCUGUUGGGGUUUAUAAAGGUGACAAGAUUGAGUUAUGUUUGGAGGUAUGCAGAAAAGACUAGAAUGAGCUGAAAAAUUAUAUAACUUAUCUAGAAUGACCUGAAAAAAUUAUGUAGUUGUCUAGAGAGAGAUGAAAAAUUGUGUACUUGUUUAAAAUGAGGUGAAAAAAAUUAUAUACUUGUCUAGAAUGAGCUGGAAAAAAUGUACUUGUUUAGAAUGAGCUGAAAAAUUCUGUACUUUAGAAUGAGCUAAAAAAUGACAUACUUAUCUAGAAUGAGCCCCAAAAUUACAUACUUGAAAAUUAAUAGGGGGGAUGAGAAGUAAUGAUCCAUUGAAAUUUGUAUAGAACUUAAAUUUUCCCAGUUCGUCAAGAUUUAGAAGGAAGAUAGUGGUAAUACCUUUAAUGUAAACAGUUGUGUAUAAUUAUGUAAAUGACACUUGAAUAUAUCACCUUUGUAUAAUUAGAGACUUGAGUUGGUUUUUAUUUGAUUAAGUAAACAAUGAGCCAGCAGGUGAUAUUAGCAUUGCCUCACACCACCACUCACCACUCUGACUCAUGUGCUUGUUAUCAGGGAAGGCAGAGGUCUAGGCUGACUAUCCUUGCCAUUCAUUGAGGAAGGCAAAGUGAAGAAUUGUGUUUGCUGCAAUGGAGUUUUAGAAGUGGUAAACAUGUGAGGUAUAUGAAAUUGAUACUAUUUAUUCAUCAUUUUACUCUAUACUGAAAGAUCUCUCUCUCUCUCUCUCUCUCUCUCUCUCUCUCUCUCUCUCUCUCUCUCUCUCUCUCUCUCUCUCUCUCUCUCUCUCUCUCUCUCUCAUAACGUCGGGUAUCACAAUCACAAAAGUAUGAACCACAAUUAUGGAAUAGUGUACUUGUCAUCUUUUGCUAAUGUUAACUUUUUUUUUACUUUGAAUAUUCUUGUUACUAGAUAAUCUGCAACACAACAUCAGAUAUUAAAAGAAAAAUAUGAACAAAAUUAUAAUAUUUUACUUUAAACAAACCUUUACUGUUCAACAUGUUCUAACUUUUUUUCUUUUCAUUUGUUUAUUUAUUUUUUACUAUUAUUUUUUUUAUAUUUGUUUAUUUUUUUCAUGACUUGUAUAUAGAAACCAAAAAUCUGCUUGAAUGUAGAGAACUGUUCAUAAAGUGUUAAAGUGACUUGUUAACUGUUAAGGGGAAGUGAUGGCUGAAGACUGACCAGUGUUUGUAUAUUGGCCUGAAGAUUGUCAAUGAUGCAAGACUGGUGAUUAAACUGUUUGUUAUAUA